AUUCUUCCAAGUCAAUUCAUGAAGGCUAAUGGUAUCAACAGACUUGGGAAGAUAACUCUUUUGAGUGAAAACGGAAUGGAAUGGUCAGGAUAUCUGUUGACAAGAGAUGGAACUGUCGCUUUAGGCUGUGGUUGGAAAGGCUUUUGUGAGGCUAAUGGCGUGCAGGUAGGAGAGCCUUUUACUUUGGAGUUCAUCAAUAAACAAUAUACAACUCCGGUACUUAAGUUCUCUUCUCCGUAGACUAAACACAAAAGAAAAAUUAAUUAGGAAAAGAUAACUUAAACGUUUGUUUGGCUUUAGGUAAACAGAAUAGGAUUGUGAGAAACGUUUAGAUUUGUCCAUUAGUUCCUUAAAUUCUUAGGCUAUAUAUAUAUUACUUACUAAGACAUCAUCCGUAUUGUUCUUAUGUCGAAAUUUUAUCCGGAUGAUUGGCCAGCUCUAGAUUAUUGUUAAAUUUUAGGAUUUAAAGUACCAGUUUAUGUACUUUGUGUUGACACCCUAGACCUAGAGACCAAAUUUGAGUUUUAUUAUGAAAAUGUCUCGAGUCUUUUGCUCUAUAGUUGCUACUUCAUCUGUUUGUAGCAAUUGAUUUGAAACACUAUAGUACCGAAAGUACCAACUCCAUUGCUUCUUUUUUUUUUUAACAUCAAGCUCUCCAUUGCUUAUUUAUUGGGAAAAAUGUCAAAACAAAUCUUCAACAGUGAAAAAUGCAAGAAAAAAACUUAAACUUUUUCAAAUAAUUAGCUAAUUUUAUUGAAACUUCUCUAUUUUAUAGAGAAGUCAACGAAAACUUUUGAAAUUUAAAUGACAAUUUGAAAAUUCACGUUUUUUCCUCUUUUUCCAUUUUUUUUAUUUUUUUACUUUUACAUUUUGUCCUUAUGCUGUUAUGCAUUACGCACUACACAGAUUUCUAUUGCAUUGCUAUGUUUUUAGAGAUUUUAUAGGCGCAAAUCCUGAUAAUAAAGAGAGAACUUUGGGAUAACUUUACUGUUUUAUUAUAAUCACUUGAUGCAUAUGGUCUUAGGGUACAUUGUCUUAUAUAGAGGCAGAAGGAACAAUCUAGAAUAGGAUGAGUCAUUGUGACAGCUGUGGAGAGAGCUAGUCACCAUCCUUAUCCUGCAAGACACUGAAUUGGUUAUGGAGCAGGGGAGUUGCAGGUACAGUAUUUGUCUUCACUUGAGAGUGUUCUGGGCUUCUUCAAUGGGCCUCCUCCUUGUUGGACUGUUUUGUGGUCUAUCUGACCUAUAUCACUUAAAAAUCCAUCCAAUAGAACUUAGGCUCGAUCUAUCUGGUGAGAGAUGGUGAAGUGAAGCUUUGACGAUCAAAUCGGAAACGCUGACGGAGCGAGAGACAGAGAGAAUUAAUCAGUAAUCGGAGAUUCUUCAGGAGUAACCAUGAGCAGUGCUGUCUCUGUGUUAUUUAGUAUCAAUUUUAAAAUUAUUCUAAAAAGACAAACAUGCCUAUGCCUUUUCACUUGAUUUACAAAUUGUGCCACUGUCGAAAUUCCGUUAGAAAAAAGGAGAGGUUUGUUACUUAAGAAAGCUUCUAGGGUUUUUUUUUUGUUUCUCUGCUCUUGAAGAAGUUGCUUCUUCAAUUCAACAAUGGCGAAAUCAAGAGUUCACCCGCAGUUCUUCCACACACUUGCUUGUGGCUUUCACACACAACUCACGAUUCCUGAAGACUUCUUCUCAAAGUAUGUGGAAGGAAGAAGAAGCGUCGCUGAGCUUAAAUCGGAUGUUUCUGACAAAACUUGGAAGGUGAAGUUGUCUGGUCGAAGUAUUACUGGUGGUGGCUGGGAAGAGUUUGCGUUGGCUCAUGAGUUUCAGAUCGGUGAUGCUGUUGUUGUUAGAUAUGUAGGUGAUUUGGUGUUCCAUAUUUCGGAUUUAGGACCUAAUUACUCGGAGAUUCAAGACUAUAAGGGUAAAGAUUUGUUGAAAAAGCGUUUGCAUCCAAGAACACAAGUAGACUUUUCAGCAAACCAUGGAGAUGUUCUUGAUGAUGAUGAGGAUAGCAUAGAGAUUCCCAGGAAGAAGAAAGCGAAGAACAUUCAAGAAGCGGAAGCAGAUGUAGUUUCUUCAUCUUCAUCUUCAUCUUCAUCAGACAACUCAUGUUUUGUCGCUCUUGUCACGGCUUCGAAUCUACGCUCAGAUACACUGUAUCUUCCACUACACUUCACAAGAAAAUGCCGCGAGAUUGUUUUAACAGACGGAGGGGAAAGAUCAUGGCUAUUAGAUCUGAGGUUCAACGAAUCGUCUGAUACUUCAUAUAUAAGCCGAGGUUGGAGAAAUUUCUGCGAUGAAAACGGUCAAAAAGCAGGAGGUUUCUUUAUGUUUCAACUAGUGAGAAACGAGGAAACACCUGUGCUCAGUUUCUCCCCUACAGAGUCCACUAGUGAUAGAAGGCAAAGAGACUGUUCAGAAGCUAGCAAGAGAGAAUCUGUUGCUACAAAACAUAGCAGUAAGGAAGAGAACAUAGCAGGGGAAGGUAGUGAAGACGAGUGCAGCUCACCGGAGUCAUUGACAGAAAAAAAGAAGGAUGCUUCAGAACGGAAGUUUUCAUCAUAUUCAUCAUACUCGUCGCGUCAUAAGCGAUUCAUAACAUUUACACUUCCACCGGAUUAUAUCAGACUUGAAAAACUGUGUCUUCCAAAGCCAUUCUUGAGGGAAAAUGGCAUCAAGCCUGGGGAGAUGUAUCUAUUGGGUAAAGAUGGUAAAAAGUGGCUGACUAAACUAAUACUAGACAACAAAGGAACAAUGAAAAUGAGAAAGGGUUGGAAAGAUUUUGUUAAAGAGAACAACUUAAAGUCAAGCUUCACGCUCAAGUUGAUAUGCGAAGACACAACUCCGGUGCUUAGUUUGUGUGAUGCAGAAUCUAUUAGUGACAGCGAGCAAGAAGAUUGUCCUCCAUCGAGCCAAAAACAAUUUGUGACAUUAAAAAUUACAUCUUCUGGUGUCAAAAAGUGUAGACUGGUUCUUUCAGCGCAAUUUGCGAGGUAGAAUGAUAUUGACAAGCCUGGAACGAUAUAUCUGGUGGGUACAGAUGGUACAAAGUGGCUGACAAACGUUCAACGAGACAACAAAGGAACAAUGACUUUGGGAAAAGGUUGGAAAGAAUUUGCUGACGCAAAUGACAUAAAGAUAGGCGAACCCUUUAAGAUGGAGUUAAUAUGGGAUGACAAAACCCCUAUGCUUAGUCUGUUGAGGGCAAAGUAUAGCAGUUCAAAAGCUAACGAGGAAGAGUCCAUUUCCUCAGAUUCAUCCCCAACAAUAGAUAACCGAUUGGUGACAUUAACACUCACACAUGAAGAUGUCAAAUCCUGUAAACUGAUUCUUCCAAGUCAAUUCAUGAAGGCUAAUGGUAUCAACAGACUUGGGAAGAUAACUCUUUUGAGUGAAAGCGGAAUUGAAUGGUCAGCAUAUCUGUUGACAAGAGAUGGAAUUGUUUCUUUGGGGAAUGGUUGGGAAGGCUUUUGUGAGGCUAAUGGCGUGAAGUUAGGACAGUGUUUUACUUUGGAGUUCAGUUAUGUACAAGAUACAACUCCGGUACUUAAGUUUUGUUCUCUAGAGAGGCUAAAUACAAAAAUGGCCAGUUAGGAAUGUUAAACAUGUAACGGCAUAUACAAAAAAAUUGGUUAAUUGGGUUCUAAAAUAGG